AUGAGGGGGAGAAGAGGCAGGCCGCCCAAAACCUUGCUGAUGCAGGAGCCGUCUUCGGCGCCAGUUCGGGGUUUGAGACCACGAAGAGGGUUGAGGGCAAAGGGGAGAGGUACCACCGAUGUGGAUUUUGUGACUCCCAAAAGGGGGAAUUACCAUUCAUCGCGGGGCCGAAGGAAAGUGGGAUCAUCCACAUCAAGGGGUAGAGGAAGAGGUAGAGGUUCUGGAAGAGGCAGGGGAAGACGGAGCGCUACCAGCCUAGUGGUUUACGAUGACCACGAAAGCGAAGAGGAUGAAGAAGAUGCAGAGAGUUUGAGAUCAGAAGAAGAAGAGUACAUUGAAGAACGCGUAACCGAUGAGGAGGAAGAAGAGGCCCUCGACGAUGAGUCGGACUACCUUGAGGAAAUAGCCGAGGAAGAUGAUGAUGAUGCCAGCUACUGUACUGAGAGCAGUUUUCGUAGCCAUGGCAGCACUCCAGGUCGAAGGAGGCCUCGAGCACGCCGCCCGCGUUCUCCCAUCUUCGAGGAGAAGGAGAUUCCUCCUCUGGAGAUCCCCAAAUCCUCAGAGGACCUCCUGCUUCCCAAUGAGCAGCUCCUCAACGCCUCAGCCAUCUACGAGGUCCUCCGCAACUUCAGCCCUGUCCUGCGCCUCUCGCCGUUCCGUUUCGAGGACUUCUGCGCCGCCCUGGUGGGGCAGGAACAGUGCACGUUGAUGGCCGAGACGCACAUCUCUCUCCUUAAAGCCAUCCUUCGGGAGGAAGACGGCUCCAACACCACGUUCGGUCCGACCGACUUGAAAGACUCCGUCAACUCCACCCUCUACUUCAUCGACGGCAUGACGUGGCCGGAGGUGGUGCGGGCGUACUGCGAGAGCGACACCGAGUACCACCACGUGCUCCCCUACUUGGAGGGGGAGGAGUACCCUUUCGGACCUCUGGAGAGCAAAGUCAAGGUCCUUCAGUUUCUGGUGGAUCAGUUUCUCACGACCAACUUGGCCCGCGAGGAGCUGAUGUCGGAGGGCGUGAUCCAGUACGACGAUCACUGUCGCGUCUGUCAUCGCCUCGGCGACCUGCUCUGCUGCGAGACGUGUUCGGCCGUGUACCACCUGGAGUGCGUGAAACCGCCUCUCGAGGAGGUGCCCGAGGACGAGUGGCAGUGCGAGGUCUGCGUGGCGCACAAGGUGCCCGGCGUGUCCGACUGCAUAACGGAACUGCAGAGGAGCAGGCCGUACAUCCGCCAGGAGCCGAUCGGCUAUGACCGCCAUCAGAGGAAGUACUGGUUCCUUAACAGGAGAAUAGUUGUUGAGGAGGACGGCGAUCAGGAGAAUAAAAAGAUCUGGUACUACAGCACAAAGGUGCAGCUGGCAGAGCUGAUUGAAUGCCUGGAUAAAGAGUACUGGGAGAAUGACUUAUGUGCCGUAUUGGAGGAGAUGAGAGAGGAGAUACACGCGCAUAUGGAUAUUACUGAGGAUCUUACCAACAAGGCCCGUGGGAACAACAAGUCCUACCUCUCUGCUGUAAACGACGAUAUCCUAGAGAGGCUGAAGGCCAAGCAGGAGAUGGAACUGGAUGAGGUCAAGAAGAGGGAGGUGGAGGAGGUCGAUAAAGCCAAGCAGGGGUCAGAGGUCAACGAGUCUGAAAAGGCUCCUACAGGGGAGUCGUUCUCUCCAGAGAUUGAUGGGAAUGGAGAAGCAGGUGACGGAAACGCCACAAGCAAGCAAACAGCUAAUGAUGAAGCCCCCCCUGCUGGUGAGGAGGCCAACAGCAGCAGCAUCUCAGAUCCUCUGAAGGCUGACUCUCCAGCCCCAGAUUGCAGCCAGCUUAAAACUGAACCUGAGAACUCCGCAGGGGGUGCUAACACUGCCUCCUCCAAAGGAGAGGAGCCUGGGGAGGAGGCGACGACCAGCGUCGAGGUUGAGAAGGAGUGGGCAGGUAAAAGUUCAGAGGCUGGUUCCCAUGGUGAUGGAGAACCGUCGUCGUUAGUAACCCAUCCUCCCCAGACUGCUGAUGAGAACAGCUGCAGCAGCCACAUAUCCACCUCAGAGGGGCUCAGGGCCCCUGAGGAGCCCGAUCUGGCAGACAGGUCCUCCCAGUCCUCCAUUACCAGCCAGGAUGACACUGGUGAAGGUAAGGAACAGACAAACGGGGACAGUUCGUUACCAACAGCUAAGACGGGAUCUGCCACAAGGAUGGUGACCCGGCUACGCAACCCAGAAAGCAAGCUGAGCCAACGCAAGAGUCAGCAAGAUAGCAAUUCUCAGGAUGGCAGCAAAGCGCUUAAAGAGACCCCUCCCCUGGCCUCUUUGCUUUCUGGCAAGAAAGAUUUGGCCAUCAAGGGGAACCACAGCACCUUUUUCAAACUGGGCCAAGAGGGCAAGUACCGGGUGUACCAAAACCAGUACAGCACCAACACUCUGGCCCUGAACAAGCACCAGCACCGCGAGGACCACGACAAGCGGCGGCACCUCUCACACAAGUUAUGCUUGACCCCCGCUGGCGACUUCAAAUGGAACGGCUCCAUGCAUGGCUCAAAGGCACUGACCGUGUCUACGCUCAGGCUGUCAAUCAUCCAGCUGGAGAACAAUGUUCCCGCCCCCUUCCUGCACCCCAACUGGGCCUCCCAUAGGUCAAACUGGAUCAAGGCUGUGCAGAUGUGCAGCAAAGCGCGGGAGUUCGCUUUGGCCUUGGCCAUAAUGGAGUGUGCUAUCAAACCUGUUGUCAUGCUACCCGUGUGGAAAGAUUCCCUGGGCCACACAAGGCUGCAUCGAAUGACCUCCAUUGAGAGAGAGGAGAAAGAGAAGGUGAAAAAGAGAGAAAAAAAGUUGGAAGAUGAAGAGAUUAUGCAACAAGCGACGUGGGUGAAGUACACUUUUCCCAUCAAACACCAGGUCUGGAAACAAAAAGGUGAAGAGUACAGGGUAACAGGUUACGGAGGCUGGAGCUGGGUCAGUAAGACGCAUGUCCACCGAUUUGUCCCCAGACUACCUGGAAACACCAACGUCAACUAUCGCAAAGCACUUGAGGCAGCUAAAGCUGAAAAGGAAAACCAGGCUUCCUGUAAGAAGAAGGAGGAACACUUUGUAAAAACAGACGUGGAAUUCAAGGAAACAAAGGAAAGUGAAGAUCCCACCAAAAAUGCAGAUGAAAAAGACAAGGACCAAAGCUCUUCCCCCACUGAAUCCUCCACAGAAAUAGUUUCUACAGAUGAGCAGAUGUCAAAGGAGAAGGGAGACGAAACAAGGCAGGAAGAAAAAAUGGAUGUGGAGGAAGGGAAGGAUGAAGGAACAGAAGAGAAGAAUGAUAACCACGUCAACAGCAGCACAUCUGAGGGGAUGGAUGUCGACUCUAGCGCACCACGCUCCUCUCCCGGUGAAGAAAAUGGUAACUUAAGCACUUCUGGCACACCGCCCAUAAACGAAGAGUCUGUUAAGACGGAGCUUGUCCAGAAUGAGGAGCCCAAGGUCAUUGCUGCAGGGCAGCAGUCUCAACGACCCUUUAACUACGAUGUAGUGAAUGUAAGCGAGGGCUUCCUGCUACGCACAGCCUACAAGAAGAAAGUGAAGGCAUCUAAGCUUGACGGACUGUUGGAGCGACGGGUGAAGCAGUUCACCCUGGAGGAGAAACAGAGGCUGGAAUGUCUCAAGCAGGGUGCGGUCACCAAAGCUUCCUGCAACCAGAUAAAUGAAGGCCCCGAAAAGACGACAGGAGGCUCGAAUGAUACCAAGGUCAAAAGUGAAGGAGCAACUGCUGAAGCUUCCAGGGUUGCUAAUGCAGAGGGCUCCGUAACCACACAGGACAAGAAGGAACAAGAAAGGGCUGUAGACUCGGCAUUGCAGGAAAAAGAUCCUGUGGUCCAAAGGCUGGGGUUUGACCAAGAGGAAGAGCAGAUUAAGACCAAAACUUCAGGAGACAAGGAUAGUGUGGAUGUCAAAUCAGGUGUCAGUACUAACACUCAGUCAGCUGGUUCUAGUCCUGAGUUUCAACAGCAGAAGCCUGGGACUGGGUCAGACCCCAGUGCCACCAGUUGCCAUGGUAGCAAUGACCAGGGCAAUGGUAACCCAGAAACUGAGCUCAAUGGGGGUUCUCAGAAAGGUCUCGAUCUCGAUGGUAGGCCAGAGAAAUCCCUCACUGAGGGAGUGUCUCCCAAACCUGGGGAUACAGAGAAGAAACCCUCUCUUGAGAACAACUCGUCGAUCACAAAUUUUGGAGAGAAUGGCAGGGUACAUGGAUGUGAAGAGGGAUCCAUAGUUGACAACAACAUGGAAGUGGAUAAUUAUACAGGAGGUGGGAAGGUGGAAAAAGACAGAGCAGUUCAAGUGAAUGGGAAAGAUGAUUCUUCAGACUCUCCUCACCUUGAUCUGAGCGGUCACGUUAACACAAAGGAGCUUCCUCAGAGUGUAGGGAGUGAAAUAAAAGCUCUCCCGCCAAAGGAGACAGUGAAGUCAUUCAUGAAUGGCGAUCUCUCCCAGGAAGGUCUGAGGGAGAAGACCAACACCACAGCCCCUCUUGCUGUUCCUGAUGGAGAACAAAGGAUCACAAUGUCAGAACCUGAGGAUUUACCACCGCAGAAAAUACCCAGGCUGGAGAAUAACACAGAAGAAACAAAGGACUCUAUGAGGAACUCUUCUCCCUCUGAACCCCCUUUAAUGUCUGAAACACUCAACAGCACAAAGGUGGAUUCAGCAGAAACCGAUGAGGUCAAACCCAAAAAACUCAUCCCUUCACCUGUCCCCUCUGUGGAAGAGUCUAGCCUCAGUAGUGACAUGGCAGAUAACAGUAGUAGCAGCACCAGCAGUUGUGGGCAAAAGACCAUCGUCACCCAGAUCACCUCUACCGCUACCACAACUACAACUGUGUCUACAGAGUCACGAACGAUGCAGAUCGCAGAAAACAAUGCAUCCAGCAGCACCGGAGGUACGUCGUCAGUACCUAACAUGGAGACCAGCAGUGCUGUCUCUACAGUAACCAAGACGACGACCACCACCACCACGGUUACCAAGGUUUGCAACUCAGUCCUGGGUGCCGCUGUCACAGCGGAGACCAAAACCGUUGUCACAACAACGUUAACAGACUCUAAAUCCGGUCCCUCGGGCUCCUCAGUCACCUCUAUGACAGCAAGUAAGGAGUAUUCCACUAGAGACAGGGUCCGUCUGCUCAGGUUUUCCCGGACCAAGAAAUCGCGCUCUGGAACAGCGUUACCAUCCUACAGGAAGUUUGUCACUAAGAGCAGCAAGAAGAGUAUCUUCGUCCUGCCCAAUGAUGAGCUCAAGAAGCUUGCCAGGAAAGGUGGCAUCCGUGAAGUGCCCAUUUUUAACUACAAUGCCAAGCCUGCCCCGGACAUUUGGCCCUAUCCUUCCCCAAGACCCACUUUCAGCAUAACGUGGAGGUACCGACUCCAGACGGUAAAGUCUCUAGCUGGGGUCAGUUUGAUGCUGCGACUGCUCUGGGCAUGCCUCAGAUGGGAUGACAUGGCUGUGAAGCCCUCUCCAGCUGUAGGGACUACUCGCACAGAAACGUCGGACACAGACAUCACCACGACGGAGAUCAUCAAGCGCCGAGAUGUGGGUCCCUAUGGCAUUCGUUCGGAAUAUUGUAUCAGGAAAAUCAUCUGCCCCCUCGGUGUUCCUGAUACUCCCAAAGAGACUCCAACUCCCCAGAGGAAAGGUCUGCGCUCUAGCGCUCUGAGGCCUAAAAAGCCAGAACCAGCAAAGCAGACCGGGCCGGUAGUGAUCGAGACCUGGGUGCCUGAAGAGGAACUGGAGCUAUGGGAGAUCAAGGCCUUCACAGAAAGGAUUGAGAGGGAAAAGACACAAUCAGCAGAUCCUGCUAAGGUUAGUAUACAGAAGAAAGCAGAGGAGUGCAAGGCCCAAUUGGAAGCUCAGCUGAAGCACCAGAGAUUGGCUGCCCAGCAGAAACGGUUGGAACAGCAGAAAACAGGGGCCAACACCACCACCUCCACGACCCUGACCAGCACCCCUGUCUCCACGGGGAAAGUUGUGGUCGGCUCCCUGUCGGGCCAGGUCACCCCUGGGACAAAAGUGGUGCUGGCCACCAAGAUGGGCAGCCCUGUGACAUUCCAGCAAAACAAGAACUUCCAGCAGACAUUUGCUUCCUGGGUCAAGCAAGGGCAGAGCAGCUCAGUCUCCACUGGCUCUGUUACCACGGUGGCGAGCAGCAUCACUACGUCUGGGCAAACGUUCCAGAUCGCUGCCGCCCCGGGGGGGUCGAUGGCCGGCAAGGUUCUCACCGCCAAACUGCCGCUACCCGCCAACAGCAAGAUUGUCACUGUGAAUGUGCCAACCACUCAAGGAGGUGUGGUGCAGGUGCAGCAGAAAGUUCUGGGAAUCAUUCCAUCCAGCACAGCGGGAAGUGCACAAUCCUUCGCCUCAUUCCAGCCUCGCUCUGGCACCAUCAGCAUCCGCCCUAACAACACAACCUCCACCCAACAGGCCAUCACAACUGGAACUUUACGACCAGGGAUGACGGUCAUUCGCUCUCCCCUACAGCAGAGCACUACUCUGGGCAAAACCAUCAUCCGCACACCCCUGGUGGUGCAACAAGGUAUUUUCCCUACCAGUCAGGCUCCACAGGUUGUCACUCAGGUUAUCCGUGGGCAGCCAGUAUCGACGGCCGUCUCCAGUGCCGGCGGGGUGCAGGCGGGCACUGGGCAGAGGGUGUUGGGCACCCCGCCACGGGCAGCAACUCCUGGGCAGCCCCAGACCUCCCAGACGCCAAGGCCUCAGCAGGGCCAGGUCAAACUGACCCUGGCCCAGCUCACACAACUCACCCAAGGGGCACAGGGUGGGAACCAGGGUUUGACGGUGGUGAUUCAGGGACAAGGUCAGACCACAGGUCAGCUUCAGGUCAUCCCUCAGGGCGUGACCGUGAUCCCUGGCCCCGGGCAGCAGCUGAUGCAGGCCGCCAUGCCCAACGGGCAGGUCCAGCGUUUCCUCUUCACGCCGAUGGCCCCCGCGCCAGCCCCGGCGUCCACGGCUAGUGCCCAGGCUUCAACAGCCGCUGUUACUUCCACCGUCGCUUCUGCCGCCUCCGCCUCGACUGUUGCUGCUCCCACAACCACUACGCCCACAAUACCAGCAGCUCAGCCAACAAUGCAACCCCAACUUCCCAUCGUGUCUCAGGCCCCUCUCGCACCAGCUCCACCCUCUGUACCUUCUACGGCCCCAACUAUCCAAACCUCCACCGUGUCAUCACCACUCACUGCCGCUACCGCCACAGCCUCCACCAGCGCCCAACCCCAUGUAUCAGCCCAACUGCCCUCCAUCCAAGUCCCCACAGUCCAGUCCACCGUGCCCCUACCUGUCCAGCAGGUAUCCACAAUCCCACCCGCCUCAUCUCAAGUCCCCAGCGCACUACCAGUGUCCCAGGCCGCAGUCACACAGGUCCAGGCUCAGCUGAGACCGCAGCAGAUCCAGCUGCAGCAGCCGCAGCUGAUAACAGUCGGGCAGCAGGUUCUCACGCAGAUCCAGAAUCAGGUGGCUGCGCAGCUGCAGGCCCAGGUUCAGCAAGGAGGCACCGUAUCGGGGGUCCCCCAACAGAUCAAACUGCAGCUGCCCCUUCAGAUCCAGCAAACGCAGGCGCAGCCCCUGCAGCAGCAACAGCAGGGAACUGCGCAGAUGCAGACGCACGCGCAGAUCCAGAACGUGGUGACUAUCCAAGGCGCUAACGUGCAGGAGCAGCUUCAACGCAUACAGCAGCUGCGGGAGCAGCAACAACAACAGCAGCAGCAGAAGAAGAGUCAGCAAUACGAAGUCAAACGUGAGCAGGUCCAGCAAACGACCAGCCCCGGAGAUCUGCUCCAGAAACAGGUGGUAAUGAAACAGAACACCAGUAUUGAACACUUAAAACAGAAGAAGUCCAUGACUCCAGCUGAAAGAGAAGAGAACCAGCGGAUGAUCGUGUGCAACCAAGUGAUGAAGUUCAUCUUGGACAAGAUCGAGAAGGACGAGAAGCAGGCGGCGAAAAAGAGGAAACGAGAGGAGUCGGUGGAGCAGAAACGCAGCAAGCAGAACGCCACCAAGCUCUCGGCGCUGCUGUACAAACACAAAGAGCAGCUGAAAGCUGAGAUUCUCAAGAAAAGAGCGUUGCUGGACAAAGAGCUGCAGCUGGAAGUGCAGGAGGAGCUGAGGAGAGAUCUGAGUAAGCUACGCAGGGAGAAAGAGAAAGCCCAGGCCGCCGCCUCCCAGGCAGCUGCCGCCGCGGCUGCCAGCGCCCAUGCGGCCAGCCUCUCCUCUUCAUCUCCCUCCUCUUCCUCCACUGCCAUCCCCCCCUCUUCCUCCUCUCACAAACGCAAACGGGACGAGGACAAAGACUCCUCCUCGACCAAGGUGAAGAAGAAGAAGAUGAUUUCCACUACCUCAAAGGACACCAAGAAGGACACGAAGCUGUACUGUGUUUGUAAAACACCGUACGACGAAUCCAAGUUCUACAUUGGUUGUGACCUCUGCUCUAACUGGUACCACGGUGAGUGUGUGGGCAUCACGGAGAAGGACGCCAAGAAGAUGGAUGACUACAUCUGUGCCGACUGCAAACGGGCACAGGAGGGCAACACGGAAGAACUCUACUGCAUCUGCAGAACACCUUACGACGAAGCACAGUUCUACAUUGGCUGUGACCGAUGCCAGAAUUGGUACCACGGGCGUUGUGUGGGGAUCUUACAGAGUGAAGCCACUCAUAUCGAUGAGUACGUCUGUCCACAGUGUCAGUCUACGGAGGACGCCAUGACCGUCCUCACGCCACUCACGGAUAAGGACUACGAGGGCUUAAAACGAAUCCUCCGGUCCUUACAGGCCCACAAAAUGGCGUGGCCGUUUCUGGAACCUGUGGACCCUGAAGACGCUCCUGACUAUUACGGCGUUAUUAAGGAACCUAUGGACCUGUCCACGAUGGAGGACAGGUUACAGAAGCGGUAUUAUAGCAAGCUGACAGAGUUUGUGGCGGACAUGACCAAAAUCUUCGACAACUGCCGCUACUACAACCCCAGCGACUCGCCUUUCUAUCAGUGUGCCGAGUUUCUGGAGUCUUUUUUUGUGCAGAAGCUCAAAGCAUUCAAAGCAAGCAGGUCUCAUAUCAACAAACUGCAGUCUUCUUCAGCCUCUUAGAAUCCAACACAACGUGCGUUCUUUUGACGCGUUCUCAACAAGAUUUGGGUUAAAGGGGUUUUUUUUGAACAAUCCAAUCCAUGGAGGAACCAAGCUUCUCCUAUGACUGUGGUGCUCCACUUUCUUUAUUUUUCUUUCUCUCUCUCUCUCUCUCUCUCUCUCUCUCUCUCUCUCUUUCUCUCUCUCUCUGCUCUCUUCCUCUGGUUCCAUGUCCCAGCCACAAUCCCAAACCGAUCCGCUCCAUUCUUCCCUCUAUCUGACCAGCAUCGCUGAUCCCAAAUGAACUUUUAUCCAAG